CCAUUACUGGGCAAAUCUAUAUAUAUUUCAAGUGCUUCAUCCGCUUGUUGCCCAGUCUUCGCCGACAGGGUUGAACCUGGAACAAGACGCAACAUUACUUUUUCAUACCAAAACGAGCAGACGUUUUCUUACGUCAUUUCAGAACGGCACCCCAUUGGCACUGGGAGUUUUAAAACUAUAUGGACAGUUUUCAUCGGGUGGUACGGAAAAAGAGGAAAAUGCAGUAGUUACGGUUUUAUGAACUUCUUGACACUGCAGGACCGCGGCGGUUAUUAUAAAAUAUAUGACUAUAUACAUUUGAUCCUGUGUCUUAUGUUCUCAGGGUAGGGGUCUUAUUUCAGGCCUUCACCAUGAGCUGCUCAGUUUUCUCGUCAACGCAAGCCCUCAUGCAAAUGUUUGAUGGCAAAGUACAAGAAUUUAUAAGUGACAUCGAAAACGUCCACAUGGUUUGGCUCGUGGAGAUCCAGCAAGAAGCCAAUCGGAUGUUCUCUAGUGAUUUCAGUGCUGAGCCAGAGUUGAUGCCAAAGACCCCAUCCCAGAAGAAAAGCAAUCGCAGAAAACGAGUUUCUUUGGGACGGGCUGAAAAGACAGCCAAGAGACGAUUUUCAAAGGGCAAGCGUAGUAACUUGCGCCGCUCUUCUGUUAGUACACUGAAUCUCAUUGCUGAAGAUGAUGUUGGCCCAGAGGCAACCACCUCUGAGGUGUUUGAAGAGCCCAAACGCAGCACUCGUAGAAACAAACAGGGCCUGAAGCAGCAGUCUGAGGAGGCAGAGGAUGUGGAGCUGCUUUCAGGUAUCAGCAGCACCCCUCCCAAGUCUCUUUCAGAUAGGCCUCCAGAGAGGGCACCUAAAGAAGAGAUUAAUGCUCAAAUCCCGGUGAACAACACACACAAGGAGACAGAGACAGGGAAGGAGUUUAAUAGUCCGCACACUACGAGUCCACACCACUCGCCUGCCAGCCUGCAGCUGCCAGAAGCUGUGGUGAAACUCACCGCUGCCGACCGCCGGUCUGCUGAAAUACUAGUAAAAGCAGCGCCCUCCCCUGGCCGCUCCGCCACCAAGAUGGCCAUAGCCACCACCUCCAGCUCGUGCAGCUCUGUGCGCCACUCUCUCACCCUUCGGCGCUCCCUGGCAGGCCUACGCCACAGCAUGACCCAGGAGUCGGUGCGGCAGGCCUCCAGGCGUUCCUUCCUGAAGAAGAAGGCUCGCAUGGGUAGCUCCACCUGCAGCAGUAACGUCAGUGAGGAUGUCAUAAUGUCUGAUGGUGAAGAGGUUGUAGAGAAUACAAAAGGGGUGGUGUCUGAAGAGGCAACCACAGCAGAGGAACAGACUAAAGCUACCCACACAGAGACUUCUCCAGAGGUUCAGGAUAACAAAGUCCUUCCACAGUCAGAGUUCGACGGAAUUCGUUUCACCCGCUCCAUGGCCCAGAACCCUCCUAGCAUGCUUUCCACCAUCCCCAUGAUCACCAAAGACAAGAGUAGCACACCCUGCUCUGGUUCAGAUGGUCACUGGAAAAAAAAUCAGUCACACUCAAUUCUAAGAUCCCAACCAAGCUCCAAACGCAGAGGCACGGAUGCAUCAGGCGAUUUCCAAAGCCCAAAGAAGAAGCCCUCUCCUCCCCAAAAAAGCCAGACUGCAAUAAGGCCCAAUAUGAGGUCCUUCCUUCAUACUGUGCAGAAGAACCAGAUGCUGAUGAUGACUCCAAGCUCUGUAGGCCGUGGCAGUGUGAUGAAGUCCUUCAUUAAACACACCACUCCUCUCAAAGUUGAUGCCAAGUCGGUCAAUGGUAUCGUGGAAAGGGAGCGUCUGAAACUGGAGGCUGUUAAAAAGAAGCAGGAGCAGGAGGAAGAACGGAAGAGAAAGAUGGAGGAGGAAAAAAGAAGAAAACGUGAAGAGAUGAAAAGGAAGAGGGAUGAAAGACUCAGAAAAGUUGUGGAGGCACGAGUAAAGGAAGAACAGAAAGAAGAAGAGAAAAAAAAGAAAAUUGAGCAAAAAAUGGCACAAAUUGACGAGAAAAAUGAUAAACUGAGAGUGGAGCGUUUGGCCGAAGAGAAGGCCAAGAAGAAGGUGGCCACCAAGCGGCAAGAGGAACUGGAGCAGAGGCGGAGGUUGGAGGAGGAAACGAGGAGGAAGAGGAUCCAACAAGCUGAGGAGGAGGAGAGGCGCUUGCAGGAGCAGCAGGCCAGGCGGAGGACAGAGGAGGAGCAAGAGCGAGCUCGCAAACUGGCUGAGGCCCGCCGGGCACAUGAGCUGAAAAAGGAGCAGGAGAGGGAGAAAGAGCUAGAGAGAGAGAAACAGGCAGCUGCUGAAAAAGAGCGAGCAGAGCGGGAAAAGGCCCUGGCUCUCCAGAGGGAAGCAGAGAAGUCUGCAAGAGAGAAGGAAAAGAGAGUGCUAGAGGAGAAGAGAAAGGAGUUGGAGGAGCAGACGAAGAGGGAGGAGCAGGCGAGGUUGGCUGAAGAGGAGAGGGCUGCCAAACAGAGAGAAGCUGUCAAGCCAGAGCAUGCUGUUAUGACACCUGUAGGAAAAGGAUUAGCUUUAAACCAGACUGUGGACAUUGAGCAAUCGCCUCAGUCUUAUGAAAUCACUCCGAAGGGUGGCAACAAACCUUUGGUUAUCAGCUAUAAUCCUGAGAAUUAUGGGAUGGACCAGAAUAGCGAUGACUCCACAGAUGAUGAGUCGGCACCAAGGAAACCCAUUCCAUCAUGGGCAGAAGGCCUCAGUCUAAAGCAGUCGAUGAUGAAGCAAUAUUUCAAUCCGCUGAACCUGCACAUUUACUUUGGGGAGAUCGAAGAGCCACGGUUGGAGAACAUCUUUGACAAGAGCAAACCUCGUUUCUUCAAACGCACCAGCUCUGCAGUCUGGAACUCACCCCCACGAAUGGGAACUCUCCCCUUUUAAACCCUAUGUAGUGGGGGAAAGUAUUUUUAUAUAUAUUUUGUUUCAUUUAAAGAAUAUUGUGUUCAUGUUGUAAAAUGAAUAAAAUUAGUUGAGCAUCAUUAAAGUCAAAUGAAUAAAUAACUUAUUUCAAAUUGC